ACAAAAUAGAUACUAUUCCUGAAAGUUCGUCCCCAGAAUUUGUGGUCAGGAGAUCCUCACUACUUCAUUUUCUCAUCUCAAGCAGUCUAUAUAUUCCAGCAACUAUAGUUAAGAGAAAUUCAACAGCAUAUCGGCUUCCGUUCAGUUUAGGGGAUCAAGAUGAGCAAAGCAUGUUCUGCUGCAAUCUCAAUAACCAAGAGGCUAGAAGGAAAGGUGGGUUUGAUAACUGGCGGAGCUAGCGGCAUAGGUGCGGCCACUGCAAAGCUGUUUCUGAAACAUGGAGCCAAGGUCAUUGUUGCAGAUGUUCAAGAUGAUCUCGGCCACUCUCUCUGCCAAAAACUGGGCUCAGAAGAAAUUAUCACUUACGCCCAUUGCGAUGUAACUUGUGAAUCCGAUGUCCGAAACGCUGUAGAUUUAGCUGUCUCCAAGUACGGAAAGCUUGAUAUCAUGCACAGCAAUGCUGGACUUCUAAGCAAGGCGGUUGGAAUCUUAGACACAGACAACGAAGAAUUCAGAAGAGCAUUCGAUGUCAACGUGUUUGGUGGUUUCUUGGCAGCCAAACACGCUGCUAGAGUCAUGAUUCCUGCCAAGAAAGGUUCAAUUAUCUUCACUGCAAGUUAUGUUUCAAUGACUUACUUGAAGGCUGCUCAUGCAUACGUUAGUUCAAAGAAUGCAGUGGUUGGUUUGGCUAAGAAUCUGUGUGUAGAGUUGGGCCAAUAUGGGAUUAGAGUCAACUGUGUCUCGCCAUAUGCAAUUGUAACCCCACUGCUAAAAUUUGGUUUGGGGUUAAUGGGGAAGGAGAAUGAGAAGAUUCAGGAAGAGAUUGAAGCUGCAGGGAACUUGAAGCAGGCUGUGUUAGAAGCAGAGGAUAUAGCAGAGGCCGCUUUGUAUUUGGGAAGCGAUGAGUCUAAGUACGUGAGUGGGCUGAAUCUUGUGGUUGACGGAGGUUGUAGUCUUGCCAAUCCCGCCAUAGAAAUGGCAGUGAAAAGAUUACAUUCUUCUUAGGCAGUGAUAUAGUUAGAAGUAUUCCUCCAUUGAUGGAGGUUACAGAGUACUCAUUAUCUUAAGAUUGAAUGUUUUCGGGGAGAUUGGGUGAUCGGGAUAGAGAUUGAACGGUGAUUACUAAGUUUCUGUAUUAUUUUCAUAAAUAAAAUUUUGUUUCUAAAAA